GUGGGACAGGUGUUGUCAAAAUGCUCAGCUGCCGUUAACGAAAAGAAAAGGUUUAUGAGAAUGAGACGGUGUAUCUGAAGAGCAGCGGACUUUACCUCGGCUCGACAAACACGCUGCAAACGGCUGAGGUCAGCCGCUCUGGUCCCGAUCAACUGCGUCCGUAAAAUCUGCCUAAAAUACAUAACUAGCUAACCAGCUAAUUUAGUAUAUCCGAAGUAAAUAUUUCAGGGUUAACUCGUUUUUUUGACACAACACUGUGGUCUAAAAAAAUCGUGUUGACAGUUGAAACUGUGUUGUACGGCGAUGUUGCCUUUACGUGCUCCCUUGUAAUGUUUACUUCUCUUCAUAUUCUUCGGUUGUAAAGGUAGCUUGCAUCCUUAGCGUUGCACUACUGUCAUCUUCUGGAGUUAGUUAACUCCUACAGUGACCAAAAUGUUAUAUUACAUUUCUCUGUGAUUCGUAUCUGCUAUACAACUAACCAGCACAUGCUCUACAGUUUCUAGUACCUGACAAUGAUCUCAGGAAGCGGUUGGAUGCUUACCUAAAGUGUGAAGUGUACUCUUCAGAUUACUGUGCCCUAUUCUUAACCUAGUAAUGACUGUCUCCUGUUUUUUAUUACCUCCCCUACUUCUUACAAUACCAACUCUAUUUUGAAUUGUACAAUUACCCUUCCUUCUGAUUCUUAAAGAUCAAUAUGUGUAUCUGUCUCCUUUAUUUAACAGCUUGUUUGGCUAAUUUGUCCACUCUUUCAUUUCCCAGCAUGCCUGUACGAGCAGGAACCCAGAUUAAUACAACCUCAGCACCUUGUUUGCCGAGAAACAACACGCCCUUAGAUAAGUAUAAAGUUAUUAUUUACAAUAUGUUUAUUUAUAUGGUGGUAUUUGCGCAUAUAGGGGCAUUUAUGUAUGUGUAAUUUAAUUUAUAUUGUUGGAACCAGGCGAAAAACCCGUAUAACAUAAUUUACUGACCAUCAAAGUUCACAAUUUCACAUCAAAUGAUAAAUAUGAAUUCACUGAUCACUGUAUCCAAACUGUACAGCUGGUAGUGUACGUUAACGUUCUCUAAGUCUGAUUAUAUCCAUGAUCAUGUUGUGUUCUUACAAAUUUACGACAUUUUUCAAUGCGUCCAAAGGGGGCAUUUUUUUAGGAGUUACAAGGGUCCGUUCAAGAGCCUCAACGUUGUUUGAUGCUAACAUUAGCUUCAUAAAAGUAAAACAUGUAAAAUGGCCGUAAAUGAAAUUGACCAUAAUAAUAAUUUUAAGUUUCUCAGUUCAUACAUAGGAGUUGAUUCUUUAGACAACUGAAAUACUGUCGAAUAUGGACAUGUAUUUCUGUUAUGACUUUUCGUCCAGCAGGGGGCGAUGUUGGGGGAGACUAACGGCGCAUAUGUCAACGGAAGAACAAGUUUGAAGUCAAGUCAUACAAGAAACAUGGCGGCCCGCACACGGCUGCCCUUGCUGUUCCCUAAAAAACGGCCCCCGCUUAGAAACCAAAGGCUUGCCCACACCGAUGCUGCGGUAAAGGAGCCCGCGUAUCCCCCCAUCGUCUCCUCCCUCACGGCUAAAAGCAAAUGUGCCCGCGUGCGACAGGUCGAGGACCAGGUAAAGACGAUAUGCGGCUCUCCCGUGGAGGAGAAGCUCUCCCUCAUCACUCGCAUCCAGCGGAAGAAAUUCGUGGUUUAUCCUCAGACUUUCGCUCGGAACGCAGACAGAUGGUACCAGCACUUCACCAAGACCGCAUAUAUCCCGGGCUUGCCAGAGAAGUUCACCCUGGGCCCGGAGAGGAAGACCCAGGCGGAGGAGGAGGAGAGCUCUCCGCCAGCCGCAGCUCAAACCACUCUACCGGGGGUCGACAGCGAUGUGUUCGAGGACAUCCGCUCCUUGGUCACUCGUGUGAUUUUACAGGAGCACUGGCACAUUAAGAAACGCGCACCUUUCCUGUACAGAGAGCAGGAGCAGAUGGUUGGACCUUUUCUGAGAAACCUGGUGACUGGACUCACCUUCAGUCUGGCCACAUACAACCCACUGCUCCGCCUCGCCAGUCUGGAUAUUGCUCCCCAGGUAAACUUCUACUGGAGGAGAGGACAGAGAAUCAUCCCAAAGGGGCACCGGAGAGGCCGGCAAGAGCCAACCAGGUUCCAGAUCGAUGACCAACCGCACUGUCAGAUCAGGUUAACCCAACAACUGCAACAGUUCACCCCGCUGGAGGCUUCUUAUGCAGCCGAUGUUCCAGAGGUGACGUUUGCUCCGGACCUGCUGCCUCUGUUCAGAAGGCAGUACGACAACGGCAUCUUUACAGGUGCCAAGGUACCGGACCCGGCAUGCUACGGUCAGACUCAGUUCCACCUGGUGCCCGACCGGUACCACAGAGACCGGAUGGCUCGGCUGCAGCAGUCUGAUCAGGUGGAGGUCUUCCUCAGAGCCAAUGCACUCGCCAGCCUCUUCGCCUGGACAGGAGCUCAGGCCAUGUACCAGGGUUUCUGGAACCACGAGGACGUCACCAGGCCUUUCGUGUCCCAGGCUGUGAUCACAGACGGACAUUUCUUCUCCUUCUUCUGCUACCAGCUCAACACGGUGGCCCUCUCUGUGGAGACGGACGCCAACAACCCCAGGAAGAACCUCCUGUGGGGCACUAAGAGCCUGCGACUGUACGAGAGCGUGCAGGACGGAGCGGUGGUCGGGCUGAACGACGGCGUCAUCAAGCUUCUGGUUCAGUUCCUCAUGAACCGGCCGUAGAAGUUCGUAAAUCAAGAGGACGAGCUUCUAAAGAGGCCAACGUGGCGGACAUGAGGACGUUUGUCAGAUUGUAUAAAAUGUAAUGUUCAAAAAUGCAGAAACGUUAGUGAUAAGCAGGCUCAUGAGUAUGAAAACUGAGUAUUAUUAAUGUGCAGACUGUAGCCUAUUUAUGCAAAAAUAAAAUCAUGCUUUUCAGAUUGACACUCGUGUGUGUUUGUCAGUGCCAACAUUAAUAAGACAUCUGUUCACUCAUACACACUUACUUCACUGACAUUGCACUCCUGUAACAUUGGACUUGAGAAAAAAGGAUCAGAAUCGAUGCAGCAGAACCAGAGGUAUCUUUUAUUCCACAUAUUCUUCCUCCUUGUCCCUCUGGAGCCACAUAAAGGUUUUUACAACUUCAUUUCUUAUGUGCAGUAGUUCUCAACAAGCCCUGUGAACAGAAAAUUGGUGGCGUUCCCCUUUAAGUGAGCUCUGUCUCCAUAUCGGCUAACACAAUGGCGUUGAUAGUUAUUUCAGGCAGUGACUUGUGUAUUUUUAAUUUGCAUGUUCACACGCACACUGGCAGGUGACAGGUUCAGGUUAACAGCUACAGACGGUUGAAGUCAUGAUUAGGGUGAAAAAUGACCUUUUCUGACCA